CUUACUCGUCGCUCGCGCGUUGGCGGCAAAAUAAUCGCGUCCGACCCCUCUCACUGUCGUCGUCCGCGUCCGCGUCGGCCGGUGUGUGUGUGUGCGGCGUGACACGCGCGUCGGUCAAAUCGUCUUCGUAUUUAUUUGUUCCUUAUGCCUCCGCGAGUUCUACACAAUAUCAUAAUGUGCAACAUAAAUAAUACGAUAAUAUUAUAACCGUUUAUUGUGCGCAUAUACCUCCCACGCGCGCGAUGUGCUGUUACGACCGUUGUGACAUCGCGGAUUAUCGCCGGUGAACCGGCGUUGGUCCGGCACGCAAACCCGCGAAUAAAGUCCGUCAUAACGCCGUCGUUUAUAUAUUUAUAAGUAUAUACAUAUUACAUAUAUUGGUUAUACGUCGUCUUUCGAAUGGUAGUCAUACUUAUCGUGCCUGCACCGACGUCGCCCGAUAAUGGGUCUGCGAGGUACGGCGGAGUUGUCGACCCGGCCAAGAGCCCCGGCGACAGGUCCACCUCAACCACGUCCAUAUCGUUCGUGUCGUCUGAUAACUCGUCGUAUUGUUUUUCGCAGGUCGAUCCGGACAAUCUGAUUGCCACCACCAAAGAAGAAGAAUGGGUGACUAAGAAAAAAGUUGAAUUGACUACCAAAAAACAAAUCGAAACGAGAGUUAAAAGACAAGUCGUGUUGGAAGACGGUAAAAUUGUCGAAGACUCUGGGCCAAUAGUUACAACUAACACGACCGAAGAUACGGAAAAACAGGAACAUCAACAGACCGAACAUCGUCAAUUGGGUGACGAAGGUGACGGAGAAAAUACCAAAGAAGUGGUCGUGAGAAUAUCUUCACUGGAAGGGAACCCAUCAUUGUUAAAAGAAGUUAGAGAGAAAAAAAUCAAAAGCCGAGAAGAAAAAGAAGAGCUCGUAGAAACGGAGGAUGUGGUCCACCUAGGAGAUAUCAGCGAUAAGGCUUAUCAAGAAGCAAUACAGAGUAAACGAGACAUCCGUGAAGCUCUUGAAGAAGCCAACUACAAAUUAGUUCACGUAAAUAGUACUGGACCUAGGGUAGUGCAUCAGAGUACCAAAAAUAAGAAAGUAACAGACACAGAAGAUACUAGACACACAAGAGAAGUUCAAAAAGAUGGUAAAAUUGUAACAGAAACAUCAAAAACCACCGAACAUGAAGAGGUAAACGGGGUUGAUGAACCAGACAGUGUUCCGUUGCCACCCUCGGCGUUACAAGAGUCGUUGCGCGAAAGUUCACAUCGGUACGCCAAGACCAAAGAUCAAGAGUUGGUUGAAUAUUUAGCGGAUGGUGAAAAGAUUGGAGAACAAAUGCGUUACGAGGCGACUAACGAAGAAGGAGAUCGACUUGGUGAUAUCAACCAACUACAGAUGAUGGCAAAUGCGGGCGAGUUGGUAGGCUGGGAGAGCUUAUCGGAAAGAAUACGUAAGAUGCGUGAUAGACAACAGCAUCCAGUUGCCGGGAAAACUCUUGCGGACUUCGAUGAAGAAGAACGUACUAGAAAAGUGGAAACAGCUAAAUGGCUAGAGCAUCAUUUUGGUAGCGAAUCGACCAGAUCAUCUACAGGAAACUUGUCAGAAGAAGAAGAUGAUGACCGAGGACAUCAAAAGACCACGUCCAAUAGUUUCAUAAACGUGACUAUGAAAUCAACAGAAACGCCAGCCAAUGGAUACUUCAAAGGAGUGUCUGAAUGGAAAAAUAAUGAUUCAACUCCUAUCAGACCGCCAAUCAGAAGAAAAAAAGAACAAAAAACAGAAAUUAUUAAAAACACUGUUAAUGAAUUAGAGUCAUCUCCGUUGUUCAAUUCAGUCCAACAAAGGGUUCAGGGAUACGAAAUGACAAAAGAUAAGUUGUCUGGACGUAAUGCAAUAAAUGGUUUUAACCAAUCGCAUCACAACGGAUAUGGUCAGCAGACUGCGGCUACCGCUGACAGACGACACGACUCGGUCGAUUCGCCGGUGCCGUCGGACGCGUACCGGUCAUGGGACCACCGCCGGCGGCGGUCGGCGGACGGCCACCGCAAUAAUAAAUCGACGUCCGCAGUGGCGCCAGAGCCGAAACCAGACUAUUCGCCGGAACCCGAACGGCGGGCCAGCAACGGGUCGUCGGCGGCGGGCGGGCGUUCGAAAAAGGUGUACCAGAAGACGAGGUUUGCGGCGGACGCGCGAUCAGCGCCCGACAACGGCGGCAACGGCAAACAGGAACGGAAGAAAUCGUUCGGCGAGUCGUUCCGGCGACUGGUGGGCAAGUUCACGGGCGGUGGGCACGGCAGCAAGUCGGACGCCGAUCGGAAGAAAAACCGGAAGAAACCGGAAUCGGCCGAGCGACGGCACGCCGACAGCGGCGACGACGGCGACUACGGUUACGGCGGUGGCGACGGCGAGAACACCUACAGGAGUUACGACGGCGGCGUCAGACCGACCGCCGACCGUCACCAGCGGUUGUUCGGCAGCACGCAGACGUUGGACCGACACCGAGCCGGACGGACGGUCGACAACAACCGCAGUAGUAGCAAAGCUCGCGACGACGACUACGACGAAGACGACUACGAAGACGAUCACGACGACGACGUUCACCGGUACAACGAGCACCGUGGUCAGGACGCCAGAGGAUCAUCGCCCGUGAUGAACGGCGGCGGCAGGACCGGCAACGGAGUGCACAGAUACUACUUGGGCGAGGACCCGUUCGGCGGCAGUAUUUACGGCCGCGAGAGGGAAUACGACGGUGGCAAGCGCAGACCGCACAAGAAGAACGGCGUUACUUACGACUCGCCAUCAUCACAUCAUCACCACACACAUUACGUCCAGAGGACUAUACCAGUGAACACAACCAGUACUACAUUGGGUCGGUUUAGUAAGUCUACAGGACGUUUGUUAGCUGACGAUUACAACAACGUGUCGGAUAGAGCACAAACACUGCCGAGAAAACUCCGAACGGAGAGCAAAAUAAAAAAGCAGGUCUCGUUACUGCCGCAGGUGCACGCGUCCCGGGAGAACGAUUACGGCGGCGUUACGAACAGGUCGGCGGCCAAUUCCGGGAGCAUGAUCAACGUGUCGUUCGCCAACGGGCCGACUAAGCCGCAACGGACGUUCUCGAAGCCGUCUCUGCUUCGGAGCCAAAGUUUCAACGUGCAACCGGAUCCGGGACACCAGACGCGCCGGUCGAUUAGCACGUUGCACCGACUGGAAGAGUCGCCGCCGCCGCUAAAGAGCCCAAACAUCGUGAGCAUGUUGAGCAGGAGCACCAAGGACCUGUCGGUGGGCGCGGACGACGGGUACAGAUCGCUGUCCGGCAGCUGGGCCAGCCCGGGAGAGCUGAGCAACGGCGGCGGCUCUGGCACCACAUACCGGCGGGACGAUCCGAAGAAAAAGAUUUUCAUGAAGGGCCUGCUGGAUCACGCGCCCGAGCUGUACAAGACACUCAGCCACCAGGAGGACACGACCGCUGGCCGACGGUAUUCGCCCGUAAAAAUGGACAGGCCGUACUCGAGCAGCGGCCACUCGUCGUCGCCGACCAUCAGGCACGGCAGCGGUGAGGUGACCAACCGGAGCGUGACGCGCCGCGGUAGCAAGGACGAUUACACCGAGACGGUACGGAUCACGUCCAAGUCGGACGACCCCUACCGGCCGAGCGUCACCAACACGGUGCAGAACUUCACCAAGAAAAAGGUGCCCAGGGACGGCCGGGUGGAGACCAUCGAGUCGACCGAGACCAAGACGGUGACCAAGAGUCGGUACAACGGCGGCGACACCAUUAACGGUUAUAACGGCAUGGGUGGCGGCGGCGUGGUGAUCGAGGUCAGGAACGGCAGAAACUGAUUGUGUAUUAAAUGCAAUACAGCGAAACCUCUAAACACCGGACACUGUGGUUCGACACUGACAUCUUGUCCGUUAUUCGGAGCGAUCAUUUUGGAGUUUAAUCCCUCAAAAAACAUCCGCUAUUUGGGGGGGGGGGAUGUCUAUUAUUGGAGGUUUCACUGUAACGAUAAUACAACACGAGAUCAGCCGUUUAUUAUUAUUAUUAUCAUGUAUCGUCGACUCCGCCGAUCGUUAUUAUAAUUAUAAUAUAAUAUUAUGACGUAUAUACAUAUACUUAUAUUAUUACUAUUAAUGACUAAAAAAAAAUAUUAUUAUAAUUUAUACGAUAAAAUAACGAAUCGAUAAUAAAUAAUAUACUAUAAUAUUAUUGUUGAUACCUAAAAUCAUAUUUUGUUAUUAGCUCUAUAAUACACCUAGUACCUAGGUAUACCUAUAAAUAAUAUAAUAAUAUCAUGUCAUAAUCGUAGAUCAAGAUCAUAGUGUUGUAAGGUCUAUGAUCAUAAUCGAUAAUAUAAUUAUGCGUAUAUAUUUUUCUUUGUAUCUAAUUGUUUUUAACAUACCUAUCAUUGUAUUAUUAUUAUACAGAGUUAAUAAUUGUUGUAAUAAUUUAUUACACUGGGGCACCGGCAACAAGAACCGAUGUCAUUAAUA